UGGCCGAGGGGGCUUUUCCGGUCCUCCCAGCCGCUAUCUCUAUUACACCGGGAGGGCGGGGGCGGUUUCUGGUCCUCUGGCCGCUCCCUCUAUUCCCGCCGUGAGCCCGAGCGGCGCCGGAAGUGGCGGAGGCGGAUCCGGUGAUGGCGGUGGAUCGGCGGUGGCCGCUGGCGCUCGUGCGCGGCGCGGUCCCGGUGGCGCUGGGGCUGCUGCUGUGGGUGGCGAUGGCGGGCGGAGAGCAGGAGCGGCAGCAGACGCUGAAGGGGCUGCCCGGGGCGGACGCCGGGGGUUUCUCGCACCGGCGGCGCCACAAUGAGCUUCUCAUGGCGGCGCUGCGCGAGGCGGCCGAGACCGACGACAACGUGGCGCACCGGCAAGUGCCGUGGCGGAAGUGACGUCAGCACCGGGAGACCACCGGGGGACCCCGACCGCCGAUUCCCGGUGGCGCGGGGAACUCAUGCGCGCGGGUGCGCCCGGAGUUUUAUAAACCGCGGACACUUCCACCGCC